UUUGAACAAUCCUUCCCUGAAUAUAUUAGAUCAUGUUCUGAGUUAUUAAAUUUAUUAUUGUCAUCGUCUGCUGAUUAACCAUUGUCCCUGGAACUUUCAGUUGAUGAGCCACUUCCUUCCGUGAUACCCUUUAUUAUUAUAUUAGGAACACACCACUGGCUUUACCAGCUUUACAAGCUUUACCGACUUUACCAACUUUACCGAUCAUUUUACCGACGACUGUAUCCGUCAGUCCUUCUCCUUUAUUUCCUGAAUCUUUCUUCCCUGAACUUUUUCUUUUACACUUAGAAUUGUCAUCUGAAUCACUAUUUCUUAUAACUUAACAUCUUUGCUGUUACCCUUACUAUCUGUUGAACGACUUUUAUCUGAGCUGCUAUUAGAUUCUGAAUCUCUACCUCCGAAAUCACUACCAUCAUCAGCACUGCUAGUGGCACUAGCUUUUUUUCUUUUUUUUUUUUUUUUUGCUACAGGAUUGGCCCUCCUUUUCUAGUCUGUUUCUCUCACGGUUAAAAUCAUCAUCUUAAUUAUAUCUUCCUGAUUGACGAUCUUGGGUUAAUUUAAAUCCUUAGUACCCGGUGAAGAAGUUUUUCCUAAAGAGCUAUUGUCUGCAUCAGCUCCCUCUCCAGAUUGGUUUUUUUUUUUUUUUUUCAGCAUCUCCACUUUCGGAAUCAUUACCGUCAUUACUGCUUAAAUUGUCCGUUUCUUUAGGAUUUGUGGUAACAAAAGAAUCUUCCGCAGAUUGACUAUCUUCUGUUUUCGCAGAAUUGUCACUCAAUCCAUCUUGUUCUGAAUUACUGCUUCCUAUACCGCAGAAUUGUCACUAUUUCUAUCGCAGUAUUAUUUUCAGAAUUUUGAAAUUGAAGAAAUUGUCGUAAUUUCCUUCCGAUUUUUUCGAAUAAUCCUUGCAACUGGAACAAUCCUUUGUUGGUGAAUUGUUUUCAUCAGAAUGGGUAUAUUUUGAAUGAUUUACAUCAGAUGUUAGUGCCUUAAUAUUUAAAAGAUUAUUAUUCGGGUCAGUAUAUUAUUGAUUUCCUUCUUCAGAAAACCACUAUCUGGUUUUGAAUUUUCAUUAUAUGUUAGUACAUUUAUCUUUACAAGGCCACCUUUUCUCUUACUACUUCCACCUUUAUAACUUAUUCCAUCAGUUCCAUCCUUACAAUAGCUACAACUUCUUGCCGCAGUAGCCCCAACAGUUAUAAUUAUAAAAUAAAUCACUUUAUUAAUUAUCAUUCUAACCAUAUAAUAUCACUUAUACAGACUUAUCAAUAAUUAAUUAAUACUUAUUCUGAAUUGUAAACAAGUCUGUGCAGCUGCUAAAUUACCGUCGAGUAUAAAUAACAUAUCUUAUCACAAUUGUAAAUUGUAAAUAUAUGGUAGCCGAAAAAAUAAUCAUUUAUGAUUAAAGUCCGAGAUCCAUACAUAUCAUAACACAUUAUUCGGUUGAUAAUUCUUAAGGGCGACGUCAUUUUGAAAAUAAUAACAAAACUCAAAGUUAUAGUAAUAUUACGUACCGCUGGGAUAAUAUUUUUAUAUAAAUUUAAGCGAAAUUUUUCAAGUGAUAGUCUAGUGGUAUUUAUUGUUAAUACGUCAAAAUGUGGAAUUUAGCGAUAUUGUUGCUAAUUAUUACGCUAGGGUCUGUCUCUGCGUACUAUACUGUUUAUAGUGAUUUAGAUAGUUUUAAGACUGUUGAUAAUAUUAGCAAUGAAGCGAUUGAUAACAAUAUCCAGACAACUCUAAGUGAUCUUAUCAAGACUUUGAUUUAUAGAAAAUCAGCCAAUUAUCAACAACCAUCUUCAAAUCAUAAAUCUUUAGCAACUAAUGAUGAUAAAAAAGUCUUAAGUGACCUUUUUUCUUCUUUGGUUGAUAAAAAAGCAGGAACCAGUGAGCUCAUAAUGGUUGUUAACGCUGCAGAAUCUGACAAGAUCAAAGAAAACCUUGCUAGUGAUAAUGACAAAGCCAUCAAAGACCUUAUCAAACUUUUAGUUGAUAAAAAAGAAGCUAAUGCUGAAGAAACUUUAAAUUUUGUAAUAUCUGAAAGUGAUACAGCUAUUAAUGACCCAAAAGUUGGUAAUUUUGAAAUUCUAGCUUUAAAUCAUCAAGAUCUAGCAAUUAGUGAUGAUAAAAAAAUAUUUAAUAAAGUUAUGGCAGCUUUAAGCAAUGGAGAAACUCAUAUUGAAGAACCAGCUUCGGAUUAUCAAAAUUUAGCUGCUAUUGAUGAUGAUGAUGGUGAUGUUAUAAUAGUUGUUAACGUUGCAAAAUCUGCUAAUCCUGCUAUUGUUGAAGGUAAUACCGACAUAAGCACCAUCAAUAACUUGAUCGAGACCUUUGUUGACGCAAAAGCUGCUGAUCUGGAUAAAAAACCUUCAAAAGAUGAUGAAGAUGUUAAAAAUAAAGUAUCAAGUGUGAAAUUAAUAACUAAUAAUGAUGAUGAUGAUGAUGAGGAUGAUGAUGAUGAUGAUGAUGAUGAUGAGGAAAGAGCUGUCAAUGACCUUCUGAAGGCUUUAGUUAGUCCCAAAAUUGCUAAUUUUCAAGAACCAGAUUUAGAUCUUCAAAAUUUAAUUCUUAAUGAUGAUGUAAAGUCUAUGGGUGACUUCGUAGAGACCAUCAACGUUCUAAAAAUCGCUAAUCUUCAAGGAAAUCCUACUGAUAAUACAAAACAAAUCACAAGUAAGAAAGAAAAUAUUAUUGAUGAUAAUUUUAAGAAGCUUAGCAGUUUCGAAUACUAUCCAGAUAUUAUCAAAGAUCUAGGAAACGAUCUAAAAGUUGCUAGUGAUCAGGAAAAAGGUGAUUAUAACCUAGAUAAGGACUUUUUCUACGACAUCGACGAACCUGUUGGUUACGAGUACUAUCCUGUUGUCGCAGAAAAGGUUGAUGAUAAAAAAAGCAGUAAGAUCGUCAGUUUCUUUUGUCAGCAUAUCAUGUUUAUUAAAAGUUAUUGUUAAUAAUCAGUUUAAAUGUAUGUAUUGUUGAAUAAAUCAA